AGGAGACGCGGGCGGAAUCGGCAAGCGCUGCCUUUCCGCGGGUUGCGCAGUCCUUUUCUUGAUCCGUCCGCGAGAUCUCCCCGGGUAGCGUGCGAGAUUCCACGCGGCCGGAGCUGUGGAGAAGGCCCGAGAACACCGCAGCUGUUCUUGGCGUCCAGAGCUGCCCGCUCCUUGAUUUGAAAAGAUUUGCGGGUUGUGGUGGCCGCCCCGCCAUGGCCGCGCCGGGAGGGCUCGAGCAGUGGCAGAAGGAUGGGUUCUUCCAGGCCGCCGAGGAGGUCCAGGAGUCGGCAGACCUGAUGGAAUCUACUUAUAGAACAUGGGUGCACGAGCGUAGCAGUGGAGCCAAUUCUGAGGAGUUAAACGAUUUGCAAAGGGAACUCCAGACAGUUUUAGGGACUGCAAAAUGGCAGUUGGAGCAGUUCGAAAGAGCUGUAAGGUUGAGCAAUGAUAAGUAUUCGUUGGAAGCGGGUACAGUGUCCAGGCGGCGGCAGUUCAUUGUAGCGAUAGGGGACCAAAUUUCUCGAGUAGAGAAAGCGACCAAUGAUUCUAAAAUUGAAAAUGGUAGUCGAGGACUCAACUGGGUAAAGUUAGAUGAGGAUGAGCAAAAUGAUCUUGUAGCUUUCCUUUCAGCGCCUGCACAGUUAUCCAGAGAAACAAGGAAAAGAGAAGGUAGUUACCAUAGUCCACCCAGACAAAAGAAUGUGCUAGUUGGUGCAAACAAUCAUAUGGACAUGGCUGGGAUCAGUAAGGACCGGCGUACAUCACCAAUGGAAAUAUCAAAUGUUGAGAAUGAAGUUCGCGGUCUAGCUGAGCAGUUAAAUGUCCACAGAACAAAUUUGAGUUCCAGUGAUGAGCAUUGGAAGAUAAAUAUUGGUGAUGACAAGGAUGAUGAAAGAAAAUUAUCCCCGAAGAGGGUCGAGGUGUCAAGUAAAACCACUACUUUAUCUGGUAUCCUGAAAGGCACAGAAUAUUUAACAAGAAUGAGAUGGUUGAGGAAUAGCUUGUGGAAAUCUAAGAGUGAUGAGCAUCUUCCGUUAAGAUAUGAUGUGCCAAACCAGCUUGACUUCAGGGGUGUAACCUUAUUAGCGCAGCGAUUUAGUGGGCUAACAGAAAGAAGCAGGAGUUGUUUUAACAUGUGGAAGGAAAAUUCUAGAAAUUCUGGAAGAACAGGUGGACUUCAUAUACAAGGCCAGCAACAUAGCACUCAGUUUGGUGGCCGUUCCAUCCGAAUUACCCUCUUACUGGUGUUGAGUAUCUUUCUGAUUGUACCAUUUCUCAUCUGCUCUGCAUGACAAGGCUCAGAUUGGUGCGUGUGCUGGUGAAGCUGCAUCGGAACAUUUAAAAGCAAUCAUGCGGCCGGAAAAGAGUUUUUAACUGUUCCAGAUUGUGCUGGUGUUAUUCACGUGCUCAGGCAAGCCGAGCAGGUGGACUACACGCGGUGUGCACCAUAUGGGAGACAAAAAGAGAAGCACGACCGCAGUGUUGUACAUGUAUGGCCCUUAUCUCAAAUUUGCUGUCACCGGCACAUAAAAUCACACUGAGAUGAAUCCAAGCUACGGCUAAUGUGGAGUCUACUGUGAUGGAUGUGAUUUCUGCGAAUUGGAGGCGGGUGCUGUUUCUCCCCACCAGUCACCGUCAGUACUACUUUACACCACCAAGGCAACUGUAAAAAGAUGUAGAGCUGUUGAAAAGAAAAGAAAAAGGAACAGAAAAAUGUGCUGAUUGAUCACUAGCAUUUGUAACAACUACUUGUUUCAGUGAAAUAAACUUGCUUAUUUAUUCUA